AUGCCUGAGAAAACUGCUAUACUAGACCCUCCUGUCAACUUGUCAGAUGCUACAAAUACUUCCUCCACUGCUUCAAACACAAAGAAAAGAGUUCGAACUGGUUGUUUGAAUUGUCGAAAAAAGCACAAAAAAUGUGACGAGACAAAACCAAUAUGUAAAACUUGUCAACUAAAGAAUGAACAUUGUGAAUGGCCAACUCCAAAGCUCAAAAGAUCAAGUUCAAGAAGAUCCUCUCAUGGUCAUCCAACCAUUUCAAUCCCACCAGUAUCAAGUGCAACACAAAAUUACCCAAUCUAUUCAAGACCAAUCCCUAGCCAACCUGUUUUGCAACCUCAAACAACAAUGAAAAGACAAAGAAUAGAGGGAACUUCACCUCUGGAACAGCAACAUACUCUGAUUCAACCACAGCAGCAGCAACAAGCUCAACCACCUCCCUCUUCGUUUCCCCCACCUCAACUGUCUCAAUACCUGCCAUCUUAUGAACCACAGAAACCAAGAAGAAUAUCUGCAGAUUUAUCUUCAUAUUCAUUAGGAAAUCAAUAUCAACAACAACCACCAUCAUCUUCAGAAUCAUUCCUGGAUCAACAACAGCAACAACAACAACAACAACAACAACUUCCGGCUCCUCCAAGACUAAACCUCAAUAACCUACUCAACACCCACCAUGAACCAUCUGCAAUACCUAAAAGAAUCUCUGUUGAUUCUUCAGAAACUCAAGUUUCAAACUCAUCCUUAACAAAUGGAACAGAUGUAUCACCAAUAUCAAAUAAUACCACUUUAUUAGAUAUCUCAACUUUUAAAAUCCUCACUACAUCAUUAUCACAUUUUUUCAAAACUGAACAACAAUUACAACAAUUCCCCAAUAUGAACUUGGUUUCAUCAAUUUCACCAUACGAACAAGUUUCAUUAUUGGAAACUUUUAAUACUGGAAUAGCACCAAGAUUAAACAUUUUAGAUUCUCAUUUCAUCAAAUAUGAAAUCCCUCAAAUUUCUAAAGAGAGUCCAUGUGUUAAAAAUGCAAUGUUUGCAACUUCAUGUUUUUUAUUAAAAGAUUUCACAAGGGGGUUUAAAUUUUAUUCAGCAAGUGUAAACAAUAUCCACACAAGUAGUUGGUUAGAAAAAUGCAUAACUGGAAUGUUGUUAACUUUAAUAAGUACUAUGGUUUUAGAUGUGGAGGAUUGGAGAUUUCAUAUACGUGAUUAUUUAUUGUUCUUGGAAAGAACUAUAUCAACUAAUGGGAUGGAUCAUGGUAUACCUGAAUGUUAUUGGUGGGCUGUAUUAACGGAUAUUAAUGGGUUGGAUAUUGGUGAAGAUACUACAGUUUCAAUAAUUGAAGAUAACAAUAAGAAUAAUGAAGUUAGUGAAAUUAUUAAAUUAUUAGCAAUGACUGUUAAUUUAAUAAGUAUGGAUUUUAUUGAUUUUGAUACAAGAUGGGAAAUCUUGUGGAAUAAAGUUGAUGAUUGGUUUGAAUCAAGAUCAAAAAAUUUGAUUUCAAUCUUACAUUUUGCUGAUUUAGAUGAUUCUUUAUUCCCUUUAUUAGUUUAUGGGUCAGGUUCUUCAGCUUUAUCUCUGCAAUUAUAUCAUACUUUAAUGAUUUUAUUAAUUCAAAAUAAACCAAGAUUAUUCAAACUUUCAAAUAUUAAAAAUUCCAAAAAUUUUCAUCAAGUAACUUGGUAUGCCAAAAAUAUCAUUGGAAUUAAUUUGAAUAAUCAAUCUUUACAAUGUUGGAAUAAUUCAAAUCAAUGUAUUUGGAUAGCUGGCAAAUUAUUAACUCAUCAAGAUGAACAUAAAUUAAUUUUAAAUUUAAUUAAUGAUGUUGAAUUGAAAAUUGGUCAUCAUUGUUUUAAAUAUAAAUCACAAGAUUUGAAAAAUUAUUGGGAUCAUGAUAAAUCAGAUUUAUAA